GUAAGAUUUAGAUCCCGCAUAAAAUUCCAUGUUUCUUAUAUGCUUGACAUUGUUUCGGCUCUUGUUCUUGUAUAUAUAAAUGAUUGAAGAAUUACCUUGUUAUGAUAAUUUGCCUUCUUAUGAGUGUACAGUGUAUAAAGAAGGUUAUGUGCGUAUCAAAAAAGAACUGAGUGUGGGUGGAUUUAUGGAGCUGAAGAAUCGAUCGUGGGCCAUUGUAUAUUUCAAACUAAGAGGCACGUUGUUACAGAUGUACAAGACCAAAGGCAGUGAAGAAACGUCAGAGAAAAUCAGUAUGCUGAAGGCCAAUUGUGGUAUGGCACAUAACUACACCAAGCAUGAUCAAGUACUUCGGUUAUGCCUCGAGUCUAAAGAGCAAUAUCUGAUUCGACCCAACGAUUUACCCGAUACGGUGUCUUGGUUUGAACAUUUACAAUCAGCCAUUAAUAUUAGUACGGAUAUAGACAAGAGAAGAAUGCCACGUAUACUAACACUCUCUCGCGGCACAAAUCGUCAUCAACAACGACGCACUGUUACUCUUAUCGUUGGUAAAACUCAAGCCAUUGUUCCCAUUCUCAAGUGUCAAUCUCAAAAAUGAAAUUUUUUGUGACUUGACUAUUAAAACAUUAGAAUACGUUUUUUUGCUGGAUGGUUCUAUAAAAUUUUUUAAAUAAACUCCUCCCCCCGCCCUAUUUUUUUUUUUUAUUCUUUCUCCC